GUGGAUGGAGGUGGGGGACGGGGAGGGACUUCUUGGACCAAAAGAGGAUUCAAACGUGUUUAUGACUUUAGAGUAGAACCGUCGCAUUCAGUCAGUCAAUGGACUCGGGCGCAUUGCGAUAACCAGUCUCAUUGUGUUCGCUUCAGGCUGGGAAGCAAAACAGAGAGAGAUUCGGCCCAGAAGAUCGCCCAAAAACAAAGGUGUGUCCAUCUGAAAGACAUUCAUUGUCAAAAAAGGACAGGACAGGCGCAAAAGAGCGAGCUCGUCGCUGGGAACAAUGAUGCUGAUUGAAGUUUUGAUAUUAUGAGCAAGGCGCGCGGAUUGUUGGAAACCCAUUUGAUGCGUCACUUAUAGUUGUGAUCGUUCUUUGUCAGAUUAGAGUGUGCAGUGCGGAUUCCUCGCGCGCUCUCCAAAUCAUUCCAAACGCGGCGUUUCUAUUAUUCCCGUGAGCUGUUCCUAGAUCCACAACGAUGAAUUACCAAUCGAGCGUCCCGGUCUCGGUGUCAGUGUCCGGGAUCUCUCAGCAGUCCCAGCCCGCCAUGCCCACCCCGGGUACGGUACCGGCACCGGUGCCAGUUCCCCCACCUCAGUUCGGAUCCGGAUCGUCCGGGAGCUCCGGGGCGGGUCAGUUUGGCUCGGGAACCGUAUCGGGCCCUGCAGCGCAGUCCGGCGCGUCGGGCUCCCAGUUCGUUUUGUCCAACUCAGCAGCCAUAAGAGCCGAGAUCCAUCGGUUCGAGUCCGUCCACCCGAACAUUUAUGCAAUAUACGACCUGAUCGAGCGCAUCGAUGACCUGGCCCUCCAGAACCAGAUCCGCGAGCAUGUGAUCUCUAUUGAAGAUUCCUUCGUUAACAGUCAGGAAUGGACAUUGAGUCGAUCAGUACCAGAGCUCAAAGUGGGCAUUGUGGGAAACCUGUCCAGUGGGAAGUCGGCGUUAGUUCAUCGGUAUCUGACAGGAACAUAUGUCCAGGAGGAGUCGCCCGAGGGAGGGAGGUUUAAAAAGGAGAUUGUGGUGGAUGGACAGAGUUAUCUCUUGCUGAUCAGGGAUGAAGGCGGCCCGCCAGAACUGCAGUUUGCUGCCUGGGUGGACGCGGUGGUGUUCGUCUUCAGCUUGGAGGAUGAGAUCAGCUUCCAGACAGUUUAUAACUACUUCCUGCGCCUUUCCAGCUACAGGAACACGGCAGAGGUUCCCAUGGUGCUGGUGGGGACGCAGGAUGCCAUCAGCGCUGCCAACCCAAGAGUGAUAGAUGACGCCCGGGCUCGAAAACUGUCCAACGACCUGAAACGCUCCACAUAUUACGAAACCUGCUCCACCUAUGGUCUUAACGUCGAGAGAGUCUUUCAAGAUGUUGCUCAGAAAGUGGUGGCGCUGAGGAAAAAACAGCAGCUUUCGAUUGGUCCGUGUAAAUCUCUGCCCAACUCUCCCAGCCACUCGUCAGUUCCGUCCGCGUCCAUCCCCUCUGUACACAUCAAUCAGGCUGCUAAUGGAGGAGGUGCGUUCAGCGAUUACUCGUCCUCCGUUCCCUCCACCCCCAGCAUAAGCCAGAGGGAGAUGCGCAUCGAGACGGUGGCCGCCUCCAACACUCCCACGCCCAUCCGCAAGCAGUCCAAACGGCGCUCCAACAUCUUCACAUCACGGAAAGCCAGUGAUCAGACAAAGAGCAUUGAGAGUAAAACUGACAGUAUAGGGAGUGGAAGGGCCAUACCCAUCAAACAGGGGAUUUUAUUAAAAAGAAGUGGGAAGUCACUUAAUAAGGAGUGGAAGAAGAAAUACGUCACUUUGUGUGACAAUGGUCUGCUCACGUACCACCCCAGUUUACAUGACUACAUGCAGAAUGUCCACGGUAAAGAAAUCGAUUUGCUGCGGACGACGGUGAAGGUGCCUGGUAAGAGGCCGCCCAGAGCGGUGGCGACGGUCGCCCCUACAGCCAGCCCCAAAACCAACGGACUGACCAAAGACCGCAGCACUUUACAACUCGGCAUCGGGGCCACAAGCACUCCUCACUCUAACAGCAGCAGUUCCCUGCAGUCUGGGGGCUCGGCGGCUGGCGUGGCUUUGGGAACUAGUAAAGAGGGGAUGCACCAGCGCUCGUUCUCUGUGUCCAGCGCAGAACAGUGGAGCGAGGCUGUUAUCAGCACCACGGCAGCCAAUGGGAUGUCAGAUCCUCUCAGCUCCGCCCCUGGCAUGAACAGUGCCACCAGUCCCAAACUUGAGCCUCCACCAUCACCUCAUGCCAACCGUAAGAAACACAGACGGAAAAAAAGCACGGGCAUCACCAAACCGGAUGGCCUUUCUGCAGGGAAUGAAGAGCUAGAGGAGUCCUUUGAGUUCAUCAUUGUGUCCCUGACGGGUCAGAUGUGGCAUUUUGAGGCAUCUACGUAUGAGGAAAGAGAACUCUGGGUUCAGGCCAUUGAGAGCCAGAUAUUUGCCAGUCUACAGUCCUGUGAGAGCAGCAAGAACAAGUCUCGAUUAGGAAGCCAGAGUGAUGCAGUGACCAUCCAAUCCAUCAGGAAUGUGAGGGGAAACAGCUUCUGUGCAGACUGUGACGCCCCCAAUCCAGACUGGGCCAGUCUGAACCUCGGCGCUCUGAUCUGUAUCGAGUGCUCCGGGAUGCACAGGAACCUGGGCACCCAUCUGUCCCGCGUACGGUCUCUGGACCUGGACGACUGGCCUGUGGAGCUCAGCAUGGUGAUGACGGCCAUCGGGAACGCCAUGGCCAACAGCGUAUGGGAGGGCUGUGUGGAGGGAUACACCAAACCCGGGGUGGACAGCACCAGGGAAGAGAAGGAGCGCUGGAUCCGGGCGAAGUACGAGCAGAAGCUGUUCCUGGUGGGGCUUCCUCAGUCAGACGUGCCGCUGGGACAGCAGCUCCUGCGGGCCGUGGUGGAGGACGACCUGAGGCUGGUGGUUCUCCUGCUGGCCCACGGCACCAAAGAAGAGGUCAACGAGACGUACGGGGACGGAGACGGACGUACCGCCCUGCACCUGUCCUGCGCCAUGGCUAACGUGGUCCUCACGCAGCUGCUCAUCUGGUAUGGCGUGGACGUGAAGAGUCGCGACGCCCGCGCUCAGACGCCCCUGUCCUACGCCCAGCGAGCAGGAAGUCAGGAGUGCGUCGACAUCCUCAUCCAACACGGCUGCCCCGGCGACGCCGGCGGAGUGUCGACGCCCACAGCCACCCGACACAAUCCCAACAUCAACAACAACGCUCGGUGCGAGCUGAACCGUAGUGUUAGCAUCAUGUGAUCGUGGCUCGCAGUGUCUCUAGUGUCUCUUCUCAAAGAUGUUGGUGUUCCCAUAGAUGCUGCUCUCGUUAAAUGGCAUCAUUUCCCUCAGCAGUACAGUACGUCUUUAUUAGGAAACUGUGCGUAGUGCCACAUGUGUCACGUAAAGCCAUUACCCUCAUGACGACUUCCUGUGACCAAUGUUAGCGUGCAGCGAGAAUUAGCAGUGUUAACAUUAUCAAUGCAUUAUCAAUGUGUUGUUUUUAAGCUGAAGAAAAUGAUGUUUUUAAGGAUCCUUUCUUGUGUGUGUAUAGAACAAAAAAAUGAAAUGAUGGGCAACAGGUUCUAAACAAAAUAAGUUUUGUUUUUUAGGUGCAUCAGUUUAAAAAUAAUCGGACAACAGUAAUGGAUCCUCCGCUUUGCGCCCACGCGUUUUUGUCCAUCAGAACAUUAAAUUGUUGUUAUUUACUGUCUCUCAUGUCAUUACAAACUUUCUUUCUUCUGCUGAAUACACACACG